CACACACCCCGUCCCCCACGAGCCACCCCUGCCGGCCCCUCAGUCAGUCUAUGGAAUGGAUCAGCGACGCAUCAACUGUGUUGUGCUCGCCGACACACACAUCCCUCUCCCUCCUGGGCCAUACUCGCCUGACGCCCGCCUGCCGGGCGGCGGAUGCAUGCCAACGCCAAAUGGAGGCCGCAUAGGGUAGCUCGUGGCCGGCAUCACCGGCGUUGCGAAGCUAGCCACGGUCGGGAGCGCCUUCAGGGACGCAGACGGGGCCAAUCCUGGCAUCGGGCGGACUGGCACGCCCAUGGACAGACGUGAGGCUGCCGGAGGGGGUGGAGACGUCCCUACACCAAUGCUGAGUGGGCGGCUGCUGGUCGCGCGUGAGGGCCACCGCGGUGGCUGCGGGGAGGAGAACGCCAUUCGAUCCCGCAUCCCUGGGGCAAGGGAGAGGCCGAGAGGUGGGGCGCCCCAGGCAAGAAUGGGCCGAGCGGGAGGGGCAGUGGCUGCCGAGGACGAUGGCUUGGCUCCCUCGUCGAUCUCCGUCACCUCCAACGCCUCUGUCGACGGUGCCGGUGCUGCAGGUCCACGGCUGGCCACCGUGGCCUUCACGUGCUGGUGUCUCGAGAAGCCCCGCUGCACCUUAGCGCCUUCACGGGGUACGAUGGCCGUCGUCUUGCCGAGGCCCCCGCCCUCUGCAAAUGGACUCCUGGUGGCGAGUUUCUUGCUGGCUGCCCUGUCCAUCCCCGCCUUCUUGCUGUGGGUGUCCGACACACGGCCGAUCUUGCCCACCCCUACUGGCUUGGUCGGCUGCUGCUGCUGCUGCUGGGCCACAACACGCGAGAGGUUGAGCCGAGGCACCGCGAUGCGCUUGCCGCCGACAGGCAUCGUGUCUCCGCCCCCCUUGUUGGUGUCGGUCGUGCCUUUGGAGUGGUCGGCAGGUGGGUGUGGGUGGAAGGAGGGUGCAUGGACGGGAGGGGGUGCCGGAAGGGAGUCGCCUGGGUAGUCGUUGUACAGCUGCAGCGACGUGUGGGGUCGGUGUGGGACCUGCGGAUGGGCAGGGGACUGCAGCAAAUUGGCGCGCGACUGGCAUCGACGGAGACCGUGGUGGGCGGGCUGGAUUCCGCCAUCUGCAACCGACACAGAGAGAUACAUGCGAUGGAUCAGAUCUGAUCCAUCCCUUCCUCUCACUCACUCACUCCCUCCCUCACCAUGGCGCCCACCCAAUCCCUGCUGCUGCAUCAACUCGAUCCCCAGAGAAGGCACCGAUGCCGACACCUCCAGCCCCGCCCUCUUCGACGGCUCCACCACCGCAGCAGCAGCACGGUACGCCGCAAACGCAAACGAAGGCGACUGUUGCUGCUGCUUCUUCUUCUCUAUUUCUUUGAUGUCGUCCCACCCAUCGGCCGAGUAUGUCAGCGAGUCGUUGACGCUCACACCGGCAUGUGCCAUGCCCGCCAGUGCCCGGGGAAGCGUGAAGGACGACUGCACAGAGGACAGAUCGAACGAGACGAGCUGUUCCUCUGGGGCGGCCCCCGGGGGCGACCGCUGGAAGGGCUGGGGCGACUCAAAGGGGAGCUGGCGUGAUGGCUCGUCCAGCUGGGGGUGGUCGAUCCGCCGGGCUGUGUCCAGGUUGGUGUUCUCGUCGUCGAACUUGGUGUGGAGCUCUGAGGGAUCCUCCGUGCACUCGCCGCCCCUUUCGCCCUCGAUGUAGAGCGGGCUGUCGGAGGCGGCAUCCUGCUGAGCACGAUCCAUGUGCACGGGGGCCAAAUCCAGCCUGAGGGAGUGAGACACAAGAAUAGCGAGAGAGGGUCGCACACGCAUAGUCCAUCCUUACUUUGGGACCGUUAUGCUCCGGAUGCGUCCUGCUGCUUCAGACUCCUCCCGUUGCCCCUCCUCUGCCCCCGCUGCCUCGUCAGUAUCGUCACGCGCCUUCCCGACAGGCACGGCGUCACGUGCCUGAGUGUCCAGGGGAAAAGUCGAGCUGAAGCGACUCGGGCUCUCCUCAGCUGCCGGUGGGGCCCACUGAAUGGAUUGAAUGGACUCGGCUGCUGGGGGGCGGAGGUCCUGCAUGGGGCUGUGGGAGGGUGGCGGGGUAACUGCGGGGUGACUCUCGAUGUUUUGUUUGAAGUGGCGUGUGAUGCGCUCCAUGGUGCGGAGAUUCUGCGCCCACGACUCGGCGAGGGAGGAGAAGGAGGCGGGGCACUCCUUGGCUAUGUCGGUGAUGUACUGCUGCACCACUUGGUCCAGGAUCUGCAACUACACAGUCGCAGACACAACGAGCACGUAUAGUAUGUGUGAUUGACGAUGGGAGAGACGGCCGGUACCAUACCUUGGUGUCGCCAUCGUGGUCCCCCUCGCCACCCUCCAGACGACCAACGCUCACACGAGGCAUCAUCCCGCCCCCACUGCUAAGCCGCGACCUCUCCUUCUCCCUCUCCCCCGCCCCCUCUCGCACCCUCUUGCCCACUUGUGACCCAACACGCUUGCCAACACCCUCUGUACUUCGUCUCGCCGCCUCUGGCCCUUCUCCCCCCAAAGCCGCCGCCUUCGGUCGCCGCACUGGCCGCAUGCCAGCCUGUGACGGCGCUGCUGUGCUGCUCGUCAGGCCGCUCGCAUGCGAAGGCGAUCGCGUGAGGUGCUUCUUGGCCUCCUUCGGCUUGUUCGUCCGGGGAAGGUCUUGCUGCCUGUCCUUCCUCUUGUCGAUGAGCGACAGCUGUGCCAAGCUGGCCUGACGACUGAGGCCAGCACCGCCCUUGAGGAAUGCCGCCACGGACGAGUGCGCCUCGGACAGCCGUGCGGCCUUGGUGCCGUGGGUCAGCCGAUGCGCGGCGAUCUCCUUCGCGAGCAGACAGCACUGAAAGAGAGAGGGGGAUGGCUCGGGGUGGGCGGGGAUGCAGAGGAAGACCACACAGGGCCCUGCGUGUCCUGUGAGGGGGGCUCGGAGUAGGUCCAGCAGAGGGUGCGAUGGCCUCGCGUGUUUGCGGGCAUCCAGCAAUGAGAUGACGGCCUCAAUGGAGGGAGAAGGGGCAGCAGCGUCCACCGACGAGCUGUCAUCGGGCGGCGCCGCAAUCUCGACAAACGUGAAAUGGAACUCUGUCGACAUUUCAUUUCAUCUCCCCUUGUUGCCUGCCUGUCUCUCUGCUCGCUGUUUACCUCUACUCUGAUGUACGAUGGUGGCCUGGGUGCGAGGAGGCUUGAUGACGACCCUAUAGCAGGUGUGAGUGGCGGCCGGGGCUGCCUGUCGCAUGCCCGCCGUGUACACGUCGAAGAGGUUCUGCAUGUCGCCGCGCCAGUCGUGCCACGCAGCGGCCUCCGUAUCCGAUGAAUCCGCCUGACACAUACGUAGCGUAGAUGUUGAUGCAUUCAGAUGUAGGUGUAUGUAUGCUUUCUCUUCUUGAUCUGACGUACUUACCCGAUACUCAAUGAACUGAGCCUUUGCCCGGGCCCCCUGCAUGCCGUCCUCCUUGACGGCAUCCUGCAGCUUCUGCAGACACCGCGGCACCGCCCCAAACUCCUUUGGCGCGAUAGUGGCCCUCUCACCCUCACGCAAGAACCCGCCGCCCAGCGUGUAAGACUUGCCGCCGGCCUGCGGCCCAAUCGCCACCACAGUCAAGCCCGUCCCAUCCCUCACUGCUCGUCGCACCCUCGCCGCUGUCCUGUGAGCCACGGCCUCCUGCGUCUCGCAAACACCGUCACAGUCAAUGGAAUAAGCCGCCUUGCCGUCGCUGAUGACCGUCAGGCGCUGCCGGGCUUGGUCAGGGUGGACGCCCGGGCCAUUAUCGUGAUGAUGGUCGUCCUCAUGAUGGACCCGGGGAGGUGACGGGCGGACUCUCAGGAACAUUUGCAGUGAGGGCGAGGGCCGGCUUCCAGGAAACCGGGUGUUGGGCGGUGUCCGGGGAUUAACCGCUUGCCGAACCAUAGCCAUCUCGACCUUCUAAAAAAAAAGUCACCCGGAGGGAGGACUCCGGG